CGCUCCCUGCCGUUGAUACUCACUGCACUGGGUGAAAAAAUUGACAGCAGUUUCGCUUUCGCUUCAGGACCCCGAGUCCGUUGUGAUGCUGAUGCGGCGGCCUACACCCAGGAUUACCGCGCAUAGGUUUGCACUUCGUCUGACAUGCACUGGACUCGCAGGGCCCAGGUGCAACAAUUUUUUUCAGCCCUUGGGCCUCACGUUACCCUGCUUUCACCAGUGGAAGUAACAUGGGGACAUCAUUAUUACAUAUCACGCUUUCGUCACAAUCAUCGUGCUUGCGACCUCUCGGACGCUCAGCACUGAGCCAAGCGCAUGUAGGCUGUCAGUUUAUUAGCAGCAGCAGCAGCAUCUGCCUGUUCCGACUCAGUUGUUCGUGUUUCCCGCUCUUCCUCUCACAUUCCUUGCUGCACUCUACAUUAUGGUAAACCUAGAUGUGAGCCUAGACGUGAUAAAGAAAGUGAGCACGGGAACGGCGGUUCUACAGGUAAUCGGGUUGCUGUUGGCCGUCUUUCGGUUUUGGUUCCGGUAUCGAAUACAACGGUUGUGGUGGGAAGAUGCCUGGGCGUUUGCCGCUUUCCUCUUCGCCAUCAGUUACUUGGCGGGAAGUUGGUUGUAUGUGCACUAUGGGAAACCGAUUGCGACGGUCGGGUCUUGGAUGUCCACUUUCGCAUUCAACCCGGUGAUAUGGCUUGUUCGUCACAGCACAAUACUGUCGGUGGCACGAAUUAUCUAUCCGUCCAUGACACUGCGAAGAAUGGUGCUAGGAAUAGGCUUGGGUUUCUUCCUGCUAUUUAUCACCUUCAUGGCGGCAAAGUUGUGGUUUUAUUUCCAUGACUUGAGCUGGAUGAACGAUACUUUGUUCUAUGGGAAUCCACUCCUUCCUUUAAGCACCAAGCUGGUUAUCUUUGAAUUGACGAUUGAUUUCCUCGCCGAUGCAAUCCUCAUUGCUCUGCCCAUAAAGCUCUUAUGGAGCGUCAAACUACCCACUCGACAACGACGGAUGAUUCUAUUGAUUUUUGCAUCGGGCAUCAUGGUUACGCUCGCAGCUAUCUGCCAUACUACAUGUCAGCUCCUGGGCCUUCACUCGAUUGUUAUUUUGGCCAUGGAUGUCGAGGUUGCGUUGUCUAGCAUUAUGUGUAACUUACUCGUUUUCGUGACGUCCCUCUAUCGAUAUGGCCGUUCAGGAUCCCUCUCCCCCUCUACUGACUCUGAGGAGGACGACGACUAUACAACACCGGUCCGACCGCGUCAGACCUCCCAGCUUCUGACGACAAUUGAAGUAGGCAAUUUGGAGUACUCCUCAGAGAACGGGACGUCUACAUGGAGCGAUGGAUGCACUAGCGACGCAACCUCGGCUAUAUCGGGCACACGUAGCUCCUUGGAAGAAUAGCGAUCCGAACAAACGUCAAAUUGAUUCUAUCAUAUCCCAACUCACCUCCGCUGCCGCUUCCUAAU